CAGCCCCCUGACCAGUGCCUCGCGGGGGCAGAUGAGCAGUGACUGGAGGUUGGCGGCCGACUUGAAUCCCUUGGCGAGCUCCUCGUCAAACAGUCGCCAUAGCACUUCGUCUGGAAACUCUCCUCAUUUCAGAGGCCCGACUUCACCGCGGAAGAUUCAUCUGUUUUAUAAGGGAAACAACCUGCUGUUCCUUGACAACUAGUGCCAUGGCUGCGUCUCCAAGUGCUGAGAUACCGUUUGAUUUUCGACUAGUUCACGACGGAUUUGCCUCUGCUCUCGUGGAGGAUGAAGAUGUUGACAUGGAACAGUACCUUCUUGCUUAUAAAGAACUUUACAAAUUUUUUCAACUCAUGGGAACAGUAUUUUCUUUUGUCGGCUCAGACGUAAAGGCUAAGAUAGAUAUUUUGGAGGAUUUUUCCAACUCUUCUGAUGGACAACAUUUUGCUACUGUGAAGAGUAUGAUAAAAUAUGAAAUGGAACAAAAUCUUCUAAAGAAAAAGGACUAUGUGUCUGGGUCACGGACCUUGUUGCGGCUCCAUCGUGGUCUUGAUUUCAUAAAGUUGUUCCUGCAACGAGUGGGAGAGCUCUCAGACACAGAUGGCACCUCAUCUGCUGGUCAUGAAGCUUACAAUGCCACUUUAGCUAAACAUCAUCCGUGGAUUAUACGUAAGGGGGCAACAGUGGCUAUGUAUGCACUUCCAACACGUAAAGAUUUACUCAUUAAGGUGUGUGGUAACAAUGAUGAAUGUGUUCAACGAGCUUUGGAUGUCUUACCAAAAAUGAUACUAGCAGCAGAUGAAGUGUAUGCAAGAACCGAACAGUGUUACACUGAAAAUGAUCUCCAUGGCUUACCUUAAUGUAGGCCUCAAUUUUAUAGAGAGUAAAAGCAAACUGCUCAAUGUGUUUUGUUUUUUUAAUGAUUUUUUUCAAAUUUUGUGCUGGCUACCUUAGUAUGAGUUGUGGUUUUCUUCCUAGCAUUUUAAAGGUGCCAUUCUAAGGCUAAUGAAUAACCUUUUAUUGCCUGAUGCACCCCUUACUACCACAUGAUUUUCUAUUUACUUUUCAAUGAUUUUGGUAUCAGUAUUUAGUUGUGUUUUUUUAGUUUAUGGUUUAUGAGCAGGUUCUAUUUUAUGAUUUCUUUUUGUCUGUGGUCUUUAAAGUUUGGGGUUUUUGUCACUAUGGUUUUCUUUCCUAGUUUACUGGCUGUUAUCACAUUAUUGUUUCUAACUGAGCAAUCUAAACUAAAUCUGAUUGUAUGUUAAAAGUCCCGGUAAUUUAAUUGUACAAUGGAUUAGGUAUAUACUAAGAUAUCUGUUGUACGUACAAUGAGUAUUAAGAAAAUAUGGAAAUGACUUUCUAGGUUCUUUGUUCAUAUCCUACAGUAGUGGGUUUGGAUACCAAUCCAGUUGCAUGGCUUUUAUUUAUGUUUAAAGAUAUAUGGCUAUGUAUCUUUUUGUUUUAGCCUCUGUGAGGCCACAAAUGUGUUGACAGUCAGCAUAAUUUCAUUCCAUAGAUAUGAUCAUGAUCAAUGUGAUAAAAGGGCGAGCUCUACCUGAAAUUUUAAACUUUCAUGUGCAAUUUGCUGUCAAUCAGUUUUGGUGCUUUAAUUUGCAAAGGUUAUAACCCUCUGAUUAGAUUGAUGUACCUUCUGAUUGUUUUUCAAUUAUUUUUUUUUUGCAAAAUGACUGAAAGUUGAUGUUUACAUUUUGCACUGAAUGACUGAUUAAGUUUAGCUUGCCUUUGUAAUGUUACGGUCUCAAUUACCAGCUUUAUCAGUAUGAAUAAAAUGUAUACUCCAGUGUUCAUUUUUAAUGUGUUUUGUAAACAAAAGAAUGUUACCUAUUUCAGUGUUAUUGAUGUUCAGGCAUCUUAUAGGCAUAUUUUAUCACAUUUGGACUAUAUAUUAAAUAUUGGAU